AUGUGGCCUGGUCGGUACACUUCAUUUGACCAAGCCUUCGCCACCUCCCAAGGCAGCGUGUUUCGUUAUCAUCCAGCUGAGGACACCCCCUCCUCGUCCUCCCUCCGGCUGCAGGCCACUGCCCAGAGCCACCGCCCGCAGCCCCUCCUCCAGUGUUUCCACAACGAGCUUCUGGGUGUCCUUCGGGUUUCAGAUCCAGCGUCCUGCCUUCGAGACGCCCUCCCAGACGUCUCCCCUCUGUUUGCAGUCUCUGUGCUUCCCUCCUGUCUGCUUUAUACCUGUCUUAAGCGCCAGGAGGGCCGCUUCUGGGUUCCAGUGCUAAAAAUGGUCUGGUCCAGAAUGGGCAUUCGGUUACUGCCGGUUGGACACAUGAAUGAAGCUGUAAAUGAUGCUCGUGUGUGA